UACUUGACUCUGUAACAGUCCCACAUUUCCUGGUGUCCAUUCACCUCACUCCAUCGCUGCAAGACAAUGAAGGACACACACACCCUGCUCAAUCUGCUUCUGCUGUUUGUGUACCUUGCAGGAUCAGCUGAGACCACUGAUGGAGGGAAGGAGAGUCCCAAUGGUCCCUUGGAACUAACCAUUUUGGGACCUGACUUUGUGACUGUGGGCGUGCCAUGCAGUUUUGACUGUUCCGCCCAGUGCUCUCCCUCCUGUAGCUACAGAAUGAGUAUCGACGGGCAGAUUGGGCAGGGGAACGAAGUGUUCUUCACAACUCGCCAAUGGGAGGAGUCCCUAAACCUCACAUGCACUGCAAGGAAUGAUGACUCUGGGAGGUCCUCUACAGUAACAAAGAUACUGCAGGUUUUAGGUGCGUGGGUGGUUUGUUGUUUUUAUAACACUUCAAUUGAAAUUAAAGCUGGACCAAGCAACGUAUCGAUCACAGGCCCUGACUUGAUGACCCCAGGGGCCCCACAAAGCUUCAAGUGUAAUGCCGACUGUCGUCCCUCCUGCAACUACAUAUGGGGGAUAAAGGGCCGAUGGCUCAGGGGACAGGGGAACGAUAUUACCGUAACUCCCGAAGAGUUGGCCACCUCUGUUACCCUGAACUGCAAGGCCAUCAACAGUGUGUCUAGGCUCUAUGCCAUGGCAACCAGGACCAUACCUGUGACAUCUGGUCCAUCAGAGGUCCACGUCAUUGGUCAAGACUCUGUUGCAGUCGGCUUCAAGUCUAUGUUUCAGUGCACUGCCAAAUGCAUUCCUGCUUGUGACUACUGGUGGACCGUUGAUGGUCACACUGUUUAUGGCAAUGAGAUGGAGAUGACGGUUGAGCGACAUGUAAAGUCAGAGAAGAUUAAGUGCUAUGCUCAGAAUACGGUCUCAAAGAAUUUUGACUUGGUAACCAAGACCGUACGGGUAGAAGAUGAUGGAAAAUCCAUGGCCACACAGGCUAAACAGACUAUAGACCUGCUACUGUUUGCCUUUACACUUUCACUCUACACUGUAAUAUCACCAUGAUCCAGGAGAGGGCAGUUUUGUACAAGGCAGUAAACUGUUCUCCACAUGCACAUUGAAUAAUUUGAAAACAUGUCAGCAUUAUUACAAACAGUGCCUUCCAUAUCAGGAUGUUAACCAUAUUUGCUGAUGAUAAGUGAAGUGGAAAGGCUUGGCUGAAUCUUUCAAUGUGUGCAAGCAUCAUCACGUGUAUACCCUAUUUGGAUUAAAUAUUUAAUAAAGACAAAUUUACAUUCA